CCCACUGGUAGGCGACGAGGCGUGGGAGCCAGGGAGCAGCUGCAGGGCCCGGGCACGCUGGCUUCAGGCCCCUGGCCUAGGGGAGCCCAGCCAGAGCCCACUCCACACACAAGCACCUUCAGCUUAACCCUUCGGAGGCCAGACUGUCAUGGCUGGUGGGAGCAGCACGCCGAGCUGCUUGGCACAUGCCCUGCACACGCGCAGGCGGCAGCUCUAACCUGACCAGAAUCCCCUUUCCCACCACCUCGGCCUUGGUAUUUCCUUCUUCCAAUCGGUGCCCAGGACUGUUACCAUGGAGAAUGAGCAGCUGCAGGUCCCGCCUCCCUCCAGCAGCACCAGCAGCACCAGCACUGCCAGCAGCAGCAGCAGCAGUAACGGGCGCCAGCCGGGGCCCCAGAUCUCUGUGUACAGCGGGAUCCCAGACCGCCAGACCGUCCAGGUGAUCCAGCAGGCCCUGCACCGGCAGCCCAGCACCGCGGCGCAGUACCUGCAGCAGAUGUACGCCGCACAGCAGCAGCACCUCAUGCUGCAGACGGCCGCCCUGCAGCAGCAGCACCUCAGCAGCGCCCAGCUCCAGAGCCUGGCGGCCGUGCAACAGGCGAGUCUGGCUGCUAACAGGCAGGGCGGCUCCUCCGGCAGCAAUGCUCCCGCACAGACACCAUCCCAGCAGCCCACGAUAAACCUGGCCACGUCCCCUGCUGCCGCCCAGCUGAUCAACCGAGCUCAGAGUGUGAACUCUGCAGCUGCCUCAGGCAUCACCCAGCAAGCUGUACUCCUGGGGAAUGCCACCUCCCCCGCCCUGACGGCCAGCCAGGCCCAGAUGUACCUCCGGGCCCAGAUGCUGGAAGUGAGCGGGGGCCGAAUGCAGAGGGGGAGGGGCCCCCAGCGUUGGCUCCAGAUCCCCUCCCGGGCCUCCCCGAUACCCCAGCAGGAGCUGCUGUUGCCCCGGGGCACCCCCGCUCGGGCCCAGCAAAGUAACCUUGUGCAAGUAGCUAGGAGCCUAGGCCGUGCUGUUCCUUUAUCCCCCCAGCUCAUCUUCACUCCUACGGCCACAGUCACCGCGGUGCAGCCCGAGGGCAGCGCAGCCCCCACCUCCCAGCCAUCCACCACCACUGCUCAGGUCCAGAAUUUGGCCAUAAGAGCCCAGCAGACAGUAGCACAAGGAGUGGCUUCCUCCCAAGCCCAGCAGCUCCCCACCCUGGCCAUGAAGCCAGCUCCAAGCAGCAGCCAGCCGGCCUCCAACACUUCUCAGGGCAAGGCCGUGGGGCCAGCUCCCUCUGCGGGCACCAAGGGCAGCCAGGUUGAGCAGGCAGCAGAGCACCUUAAAAAGGGAGACGGCAGCGUGCCCACCAGCAUGGACAGCCGAGGGCACCCCAUGAGCCGGACGGUGACACCGGUGACCACCCACCCACUCAUCGCCCCAGCGUACGCCCAGCUGCAGCCCCACCAGCUCAUUCAGCAGCAGAAGCAGAUCCAGCACCAGUUUGUGAUCCAGCAGCAGCAGCUCCAGCCCAGGCCCCAGCCUCAGCUCAUCCAGGGCGGUGCCAACACCUCACCCCAGCUGCAGCCACUGCCCCCGCCCACACCCAGCCUGGCAGUGCAGCCCAGCCCGCAGGUGCAGGGCCAGAGCCACACCGCCCCACAGGGCCCAGCCCCCCUGUCCCACCCGCCGCAGUGCCAAGCUUCUAGUCAACACAAACCUAGUGCCAACCAGCCAUACCAGCCCGCUCUGCACGCCCCUGGGCUCCAAGCUGUGGGCCCAGCCCAGCCAGCGCCUGAGGGCGGGCCUCAGAACGGACACCCCGGGUGCCUGAACCAUGCCACGCAGCGCAAGUUCCAGCAUGCCUCAGCCGUGAUCCUGCAGCUCCAGCCAGCCAUCGGGACGCCUCAGCUCAGCGUCCAGGAGAAUGCCAGGAAAGACAUCCUUCCUGCUGAUAAGAACCCGGAAAGCCUGCCAGCUCUGCAGCCGCCACAGGCUGCCCUGAUGCCCCCAACUGCACCCCCAGACCCAGAGGUCUCUGAGGGCAACAGGCCCCCUACUCAUGAGCCGGGACAGGACCGUGUUCAUGUGCAGAACGACCCCAGCAGCCCCGGCAUGACAUCAGGGAACGGAAACUCUGCCUCUACUGUCGCUGGCACUGCCCCCCAGAAUGGUGAGAAUAAACCACCACAGGCCAUUGUGAAACCCCAAGUCCUGACGCAUGUUAUCGAAGGGUUUGUGAUCCAGGAGGGGGCAGAGCCGUUCCCGGUGGGGCGCUCUUCACUGCUCGUGGGGAAUCUCAAGAAGAAGUAUGCCCAGGGCCUCUUGGCUGAGAAACUCCCACAGCAGGACAAUACAACCACCACUGACUCUGACAUGGAGGAGCCCUAUCUGCAAGAAUCCAAAGAGGAGGGGAACCCCCCGAAGCUGAAGUGUGAGCUCUGUGGCCGCGUUGACUUCGCCUACAAGUUCAAGAGGUCCAAACGCUUCUGCUCCAUGGCCUGUGCCAAGAGGUACAACGUGGGGUGCACGAAGCGGGUGGGGCUCUUCCACCCUGACCGCAGCAAGCUCCAGAAACCGGGGGCGGCCACGCACGGGCGCCGUCGCACCUGCAAGGGAGCCUUACCUGUCCUCAGCAAGGACACCAAGAAACAGACUCCGGUGUCCCUCUCCACGGGCUCGGUGCCGCUCUCAGUCACAGCCUCACUUCAGCUCAACCGCAGCCAGGAGGAUUCCAGCCGCUGCUCCGAUAACUCGAGCUACGAGGAGCCGCUGUCGCCCCUCUCGGCCAGCUCGUCCACCUCACGCCGGCGGCAGGGCGAGCGCGAACUGGAGCUGCCCGACAUGCACAUGCGGGACCUGGUAGGCAUUGGGCACCACUUCCUGCCCAGCGAGCCCACCAAGUGGAAUGUGGAGGAUGUCUAUGAAUUCAUCCGCUCCUUGCCAGGGUGCCAGGAGAUUGCGGAGGAGUUCCGCGCCCAGGAGAUCGACGGGCAGGCCCUGCUGCUGUUGAAGGAGGAUCACCUCAUGAGCGCCAUGAACAUCAAGCUGGGCCCGGCGCUGAAGAUCUAUGCCCGCAUCAGCAUGCUCAAGGACUCCUAGAGGCGCCCGCAUGCGUGGCAUGGGCAGCCCCCCUGGACACUCCCGCACAGGGCAGAGGCACCUGCCUACAGAAGCCCUUUGGGGACCGGCUGUCGCUAGGAGCUGGGGGGACGACAUUGGGCCCAUGAGCUCCCUGUGGCCCGGAGCACAAAGGGCCCCUGAAUCCCAGAGCUAGGGUCUGCCUGGAUCCCCGUCUUCCCACCUCCUGGCUGGGGCAGAGGCUGGGUCUUGUGGGGCUGUACAUAUUCUGUAGCAUUAGCUUUCCCUUCUGCAGCCCCAGCCUGCCCCAUGGUGCACGGGGAGAGGGGGUCGUGGCUGCAGGGCAGGCUGGGGCUGUUCAACGGGCAGUGCCCCCCUGGCCGGGUGCUGGCUGGUAUUAGGCAGGGCUGGGCUGAUUUUCCCCUGUACCCGCCUGGCUGUGUGACCCACAGGAGCCCCACUCCCCUCUCUAGCUCCUCAGCUACCCCCUCCCGCCAAGAACUGCAGACUUGCCACCCCCGGAGAGGCUGAGGGGCUCGUGCUGGACCCAACCCCCGACUCUCAAUGCCAAACAGGACGGUUGCCUUAAAGUUGUGUGUGGUUGUGGUGCCAGGCACUGCCCCCCACCCCUGGCAGGGGGCCACUUCCUGCCCCCCCCCCGUGUGCUCCAAGCCCGUGGCCGAGGCUGCUGGGGGGGGGCAGUGUGUCAUGUGGCUCAGACUGUUCACGCGGAAGCCAGCAUGUCCCACUGGGGAUGGCUCCUGGGUGGUGGGGGCCCGGCUCCUGGGACAGCACAGGGGGGAGCAGGCUCCUGGCUGGCUGAGGGGGGGAAGAGUGCCCAGUGCCCCUUGGCAGGGGGCUGCAUUGCAGCAGGGCCUGCUAUGUUCCCUGGGCAUGGACACCGCUGGCCCCAGUGGCCCAAGAGCAUCUGUGCUGUGGAGGGGGCAGGGUGGGUGUCCCUCCAGGCUCCUGGUGCCAGUGUAGCGGCUAAUGCUAGCAGAGCUGUCCCCCACGCUGGCUUGGGGGGCAUCUGCACAGGCCUUCCUGGGGAUUCCCUUAGCGCCUGUCCUCAGGCUGCCAUAAUACGGCCGAAGCUGCCUGUAUGCACCAGGGUGGGGGGCUCUAAGCCCCAGUGAGAAUCAUUCCUCUUUUGAGUUGGGGAGAUAUGCAGCUCCAUCUUCCCCUCCACACAGCAGAGCUGCCGGCUGCAAGCGUCCCCCAGCAGGUAGGGAGCUGCUCCCGGCUCUAGACUGAGGGAGGCUGGGCUGGGAAGGUCUUUUUAAAACCCUUUUUUUCCUGUUGGUUUUUAAUAAACGUUACAAAAAACUCCA